AUGGUUAGUCCCUAUCAUCUCAAGUUCCGGACCCUAAGUCUGUCGUCUGAGUGUCUCUUCUCACUGAUGAACGGCGACGAUAUGUUCGCCACGUUUUACGUCACUGAUUGGCGCCGACAGACCAUCAUCUGGUGGUUCAGCCGUCUCUACCUCUACCUCUUCGUCUGUCUCUUCAUUUAUGUGGUGUUAAGUCUAUUCAUUGCUCUCAUUAUGGACUCAUACGAGACAAUCAAAGACUAUUACCAGAACGGACUCCCACUCACUCCACUACAGAAAUUGAUGGCCGAAUGCAGUGAUGAGUCGUCUUCAGCCGCAUAUCUAUUGGACAGACAGCGAAGUAUUGCCGACACAUUUAAUGAGUGCUUCGGUUGUCUCAAUGGCCACAACCGGUGAGAGUCCUAA